UGUAAAAGAGAUUUAUUUAAAGGAGAUCUAGGGUUUGAUGAUAGAUUUCUUUGCAGUUUUUGGGAUUUCACGGUUAGAAUCGGGGUAUAAUGAUGGAGAUACUCUUGGGGUGGAUGGAUCUGGAAGAUUACGGGAAGGAAAUAUGGAUAUCGUAAGGUGGUGUCAAUGGGAGUCGAUCUCGAAGAAGAGUUUUAAGGGAUCUGGUUGGAUUUUGGAGAUUAUGGAAAUAAAGAUGUGGGCUGCUCGAUUACGAUUGUUCAGACUUGCCCAAACUAACUUUGUUAAGAUUCGGAGUUAUCAAGGUAUGAUCUUUUUGAUUCUUCAGAGAAUUGGGUCAAAGGGGGCGGAUUGGUGGGUUUCAAGGAUCAGAUCUCUGAUUCAAUUAUACCGAAAUCAUGUACUGUCAGAUUUCAAGAAGAGGGGAAGAUCUAUAAAAGGGGAAGAGAGGCAACGUUUCACAUCAUCACAUUUCAAAAAAACAAUUCCUUAUUUCCUAUUUUCCAGUUGGUGGAGUUCGGUGCGAUUUUCAUUAAUAUGACUCAAGGACAGCUUCUUGCUACGGUUGGGAACAAAAAUGGUGGUGAAGCAGCUCGCAAGCCAUUGAGAAUCACGGUGCCUCACUUUGAUAACUCCGCGCUCAUCCAGAACUAUGACAAAACUCUGAUCGGCAAGUGCUUCAACCCAGAGGAGCAAGACGUUACGGCUUUGCUCAUUAUGUUGCCAAAAAUCUGGAAGGUGGAAGAUAGAGUUGCUGGUGCUGAUCUUGGUCUUGGAAGGUUUCAGUUCGAUUUCCACAAUGAAGAAGAUAUCGAGGAGGUCCUGAAGAUGCAGCCGUACCACUUUGAUUAUUGGAUGAUCUCUCUUGUGAGGUGGAAGCCGGUGAUGGAAAAGAGUUACCCAACGGAGAUUACGUUUUGGAUUCGUGUCUUGGGAGUGCCGCUCCAAUAUUGGGCAGAGCCGACCUUUGAGAGUAUUGGAGGAGCUAUAGGCAAUGUUGUCGAAGUGGACCUUGACUACGGGAGAGUUAAAGUGGUCGUCGAUGGAACAAAAUGUCUCUGUUUUGAGACAUCAGUUGAUUUUCGCGGUGGAGAAUUCUAUGGAGGAGGGGAAGAGCUGAUCGCUUUGAGAUACGAGAAGCUCUUUGGCUAUUGCUCUAAGUGCUUCAGCCUCUGUCAUGACGUGAAGAGGUGUUCACUGAACAAGGAAAGUCCGCAGGAGAAGAUGGAGGUGCGGGAGGCAAGAGCUGAACGGGGAGGAGAGCGAGCUGCAAGUUACAAGGGGGUAGUCAUCAACGGUCAUGAUGGUCGCCAGGAACAAAACAAGGAGGAUAGGGAUCAUCAAGGAAAGGGCAAGGGGAAAAUGUAUGAGGAAGAUGAGGCAAAAUGGGUCCGUGUGUCAGGAAGAGAGGAUAAGAAAAUGAGUGCAGAUAGAAGUCGUUUCAGGAGAGAGGAGCUAGAUUCACGCCAUCGUCGCCCCAGACAUGAGCCUACAAGGAAUUCCUUUCAGGAGGGGCGUUACCGGUCUCAAGGGUAUCGAGGUAUGCGAAGAGAACGUAGUCCCAGAGAUCACUUUCCAGAACAGGAGAGGAGUAAGGGGCGCACAUAUGAAGGUACCAUGAGGUCUACUCAAUUGUCAGGGGCGGGUGAAACACAACAGGAAGUGCAUUCGCAGAGGGACGGUGACGUGAUAUUGGCACCUGUCAACGGGCUAGGGUCUGUUCAGGUACGUAUGGGGAAUGAGGAGGUAGAAAAUGGACUUGAUGUAGUCAACGAGGGCAUGCUGGAACAGGAGAACUUGGUGAAAGCAGACAACAUGGAUACUGACGAGAAUAAUUCUUCACUGAAAGAGGGAAAGGUAACUAAUGGUGGAGAGGAUGAGUUCCAGGAUGUUACGGAUGAGGAGAUUGUUGGGAAUCAGGGUGUUACACAAGGUGAUAUUGGCGCUAACAUUAAGAUGAGUGAAGAGGGAGAGUUGGAAAAGGCUGAGAAUGUGGGCGGGGGAGAAAAGAACAAGGGAGUUAAAAAGAAGCUCUUCAGAGGAGGGCCACUUGUAGUGGGAACUUCUAAGAUGAGAAUGGUGCAUUCAUUAAUUUCACCGUGCAAACGUCUUGCGAGCAAGUCCAACCCCAAGCAAGGUGAGGGCACGAAGCAAGGUGAUGGCACGAAGCAAGGUGAUGGCAUGAAGCAAGGCGAUGACAUGAAGAAUGGAGCAGAGCAGGGUACUUCAAACCCCAAGCCUCCCAUUAACAAGAAUUGAAGAUUUAUAUGGAUUACGAAGAUGAAGAAGCGCGGGUUUGUGUGAUGGUUUUCAGUUUGUGUUUUUUUAAUUCUGUUUUUCAAGUAAGCUCACUGAGCAAUAUCUGGUGUUUAUGGUUAAGUAGUCGUUUGAGUUCUUUUUUCUGGUCUAGUGUUCUGCUCAAGUUUUUUUUAAGGAAUAAAAUUGGUGUUUUUGGUU